AACAUAUUCAGUUACUAAAAUGUCUAGACUACACAAGCUCAUUGCUCUGCUCCUGCUGCAGCUCGCCAGCUGCCACUGCGCUGAGCUAACUCGCAUCAUAGGCGGUCAGUUUGCGGCGCCCGCUCAGUUUCCACAUCAAGUGUCGCUGCAGCUUAAGGGACGUCAUACUUGCGGCGGCUCUUUGAUCUCGGAGAACUUUAUUGUCACCGCUGCUCAUUGCACCAUAGGCCAGAGUCCUAGUCAAAUGCGCGCCAUUGUAGGCACCAAUGAUUUGGGCGCUGGCAAUGGACAAACUUUGGACAUAGCACAGUUGAUUAUUCAUCCGCAGUACAAUCCACAGAGUCAGGACUUUGACAUGUCGCUCAUACGCCUCGCUACUCCUGCCAAAUUGGGCGCUGCAGUGCAAACCAUACAGCUGGCAGCAGCUGAUGCUAACUAUGCAGCGGAUACUUUGGCCACCAUUAGCGGCUUUGGCGCCAUCAAUCAGAAUCUGCAGCUGCCCAAUCGUCUGAAGUAUGCCCAAGUGCAGCUCUGGAGUCGCGACUUUUGCAAUGCUCAAAACAUACCUGGCCUUACAGAUCGCAUGGUCUGCGCUGGACAUCCCAGCGGACAGGUGAGCAGCUGCCAAGGCGACUCUGGUGGCCCGUUGACCGUUGAUGGCAAACUAUUUGGCGUUGUCUCCUGGGGCUUUGGCUGCGGCGCUAAGGGACGUCCUGCUAUGUACACAUAUGUGGGUGCACUGCGUUCCUGGAUCAAGCAGAAUGCUAAUGUUUAAUUGCCAUAUGCUUAACAGAACCAAAUUGACGAAUAAAUAAAUAUACAA